AAAUGAUGGGCUUUGAAAUGCUGGUCAGGGUAGAGUGAAAAGCAGUUGCUGGCAAUAGUAGCCAACCCUCAGCCAGCACCAAGUUCUGGUUCAGCUCUAAGGGCAAGAGCACCUGGUGGAGACUUUGUCGGCCUCAAGGGGCUUCAGCACCUGAGACAGCUCUAAUAUUCUCCUUGGAACAGAAAGCUCCCUAGGAAAACUACUGAACAAGGUGCAGAGAGAUGGAAGCGAGAAGCAAACCCCAGCUACUCCUGGUCCUGAUAUUUUUCAGCGUGCUUUUCUCGCAGACCCUGGCAUGGCCUCUUUUUGGAGCACCUUCUGCUCUAAGGAUGGGUGACAGAAUACCUUUUGAAGGAGCAAAUGAACCUGAUCAAAUUUCAUUAAAAGCAGACACUGACGUUUUACAAAAUGCAUUAGCUGAAAAUGACACACCUUAUUAUGAUGUAUCCAGAAAUGUCAGACAUGCUGAUGGAGUUUUCACCAGUGACUAUAGUAGACUCUUAAGUCAACUUUCUGCCAAAAAGUACCUUGAGUCCCUUAUUGGAAAACGAAUUAGCAAUAGCAUCUCAGAAGACCAGGGACCAAUCAAACGCCACUCAGAUGCAGUCUUCACUGACAACUAUACCCGCCUUCGAAAACAAAUGGCUGUAAAGAAAUACUUGAACUCAAUUCUAAAUGGAAAGCGGAGCAGUGAGGGAGAAUCUCCUAACUUUCUCGAAGUGAUAGAAAAAUGAUGACAAGUUCUUUGGAGCAAAGCUGCUGACAGCUUCCCAGUGAAUUCUUGAAGGAAAACGAUAAGCAAAGUAAUUCUAUUUUGAGUUCUACAUAAGUAAUUCAAGAAAACAACUUCAAUAUCAAAACCAAAUAAAAUAUGCCGUGUUGUGAAUGUUGUGAUUUAUUUUACUCUGAUGUAAUAACUGUGAUGUUUACAUUGUAAAUAUUAUUUGUGAGUUCUAAAAUUUGUCUUUAACUCAUGAGAAUCCUGUGAUUUCAUAUGCUGUGUAUCCUUUUAACAAAAAUAUAUUUAAUGAUAAGUAAAUACUAAGUUACUUCCAAUUAUAUGAGGCUUUUUGGAAGGAUAGUAAUAGAGCAAAAUUGAUGUGUUUAUUUAUAGGACAUACUUAACUAUUCAAAAGAGUAGAGCAGAUAAUCAGCACAUCUAAAUUGGAAUGUUGAGCAGUUAGGAUGCUGUGUUAAACAAACUUCAGAGUGUCUAAGAGAAUACCAAAAACAAAGAGACAUUCUUCAAGAAAGAUUUUCAGAAAAUGUUGUAGGUUUCCGCAUUCUUAGGCAGCAUUCAUUUUGAAUGAGAUUUUUACAUCUCUCAAUUUUGGAUCUCUUAUUGCCAAAAACUCUCUUCAGAUCGAAUGUUUCAGUUAAGGAGAAUGGCCUCUACUUCUGACACCGGACUUUUCGUUUAUGCUUGUGUUAAGUAUGUGCAACACGUAAACUGAAAGGAACAUUUGUUUUUCAGUGAUAAAUAUUUUUUCCAUAAUCUCUCAAAUAAUGCUUAGGUCAUAUCAGCUUUCUUCAGUGAAAGCACUUUUGGAGAAACAACUAUUUUUCCAAAAUGAUUGUAAGAAAUUAAAUAUAGAAAAUAAAGACCUUUGGUUAUCAUUGCA